GGUCAACAUGGUUGUUUUGGGAGUAUCAAGAUGGCGGAUGGCGACUUCAGUUUUAGUAGCCAUCCAGUCUUUUUUUUUUUUUUUUAUCAGUACUUUCAACGCUUCUGUACGGAGAACAAGGUUUUUUUCCCCCCCAAUGUCGCUUUAGGGGCUCCGUAGGGCUCCGUACUUCAGAAACAGACUUGUUUUGGAACUUUUUUUUUUUUUUGCCCCAAGUUAUGGCUACUGGUUUACUUAGUUUUAUUGAUACUAUUGAUAGUGAUAGGGUGAUAAAUACGGAAAGAAUUGUAUUUACAUGUUCGAGUUCACGUUUAUGCUGUUUGACAAGAUGGCCAGCAGAUGGAAACAAAUCAGAGCGUCAGUUUGAGGAAAUUACAACACAGAGGGGCGGAGAGAUGCUAAUCCUCGGCAGUAUUUUCUCAGAGCGUUCCAGCUCACAAUGACUGAGUCCUUCCAAGCAACAUGACCCAUUUUGGAUAUUUCAUAUGGAUUUUCUUCUCCGCGUGGGGGACCGUGUGGACUCUACCUCAUGUGAUGAAGUAUCAAAUAGUGACACCUCAGAAGCUGAAGAAUUCAUCUCAUAUUCCUGAUGUUGACACCCAUCAGUACCCCGAUGUACUGCGAUACUCUGUGAAGAUUGCGGGACAAAAUUACACAUUGCACCUCGAGAGAAAUAAGGAACUUAUUGGGAAAACCUUCACUGUGACACAUUAUUCCAAGGAAGGCGCUCAACUUACAUCAACACCUGCGCUUGAGAAUCACUGCUACUACCACGGGCGUGUGCUGGGAGUGGACGACUCCUCUGCCAGUGUGGAGUUGUGCUCAGGAUUAAAGGGGUUUGUCCGCCUCCAGGAUCAGACGUACCUGAUAGAGCCCCUGACCUCACAGCAGGCUGACGACGGUCCUCGGGUUCGCAGCGAUGAGGGUCUUCAUGCAGUCUACAACUACAAACACCUGAGGAGGAAAAGGAGCUCCUGUUCCCAUGGAAACACAACCAUGUACUAUGAUCAUGGCGCUCGUCAAUCUGGACUUUUCCAGCUCAGCAGUCUGAGAAGCAGAGGCCAGACUAAAGACAGAGGAAGAACACAACGAACAGUGGAGCUGGCUGUUGUGGUCGACAAUACAGAGUACAAGAAGUUUGGAAAUAAAAGGACAGUGGAGGCCAGAGUGCUUGAAAUAGCAAACCACGUUGACAAGCUGUAUCGUCCCGUGGGCGUUCGUGUGAUGUUGGUAGGUCUCGAUAUCUGGUCGUACAAAGAUCAAAUAGAGGUCAGCUCCUAUCCCGAGCAAACGCUGAGCCGCUUCCUCGAGUGGCGCCAGCGGAAUCUCCUGCCGAGGACCAAGCAUGACAACGCGCAAUUCAUCACAGGCUUGGAUUUCGAAGGAACCACAGUUGGGCUCGCCAACACAAAUGCAAUGUGCACCUCGAGCUCGGGAGCAGUCAACGAGGAUCAUAACAAUAACGCAAUAGGAGUGUCCUCCACUAUUGCCCACGAGAUGGGCCACAACUUGGGCUUGUCUCAUGAUACUGAAAACUGCAUCUGUGGCUCUUUCACAUCGAAAAAAGGCUGCAUUAUGGCAGAGAGUGUUGGUGUUGUCUAUCCAAAGAUGUUCAGCAGCUGCAGCCAGCAGCAGCUCAACAGGUUCCUGGAGGAGAUUAACCCGGCUUGUCUGUUGGACACCCCCGCAGCUGGUCGCGUUUACGGGGGUCCGGUAUGUGGGAAUGCCUUCCUGGAGCCUGGAGAGGAGUGUGACUGUGGAACCGUAGAGGAAUGUAAGAAUCCCUGUUGCAACGCCACAAACUGCAAAUUUAGCGCUGGUGCCCAGUGUGCUGAGGGUGAAUGCUGCAACAACUGCCAACUGAAAGCGUCAGGCAGCGUCUGUCGGCCAAAGACGGGAAACUGCGACUUGGCGGAGCACUGCACUGGACUGUCCGCCUCCUGUCCGCCCGACGCCUACGCUCAGAACGGCCUGCCGUGCAACCGUGGGAAGGGAUAUUGCUACAACGGGCAGUGUCCGUCGCGGCAGCAACACUGCAAGAGACUCUGGGGACCAGAUGCUGAAGUUGCCGCAGAUGCUUGUUUCUUCCAGCAUGGAGGCUGCAGAAAGACCCUGUUCAUGCAUCGAUGUUUUGGCAAAGAGCAAUCAUGCGGGACACUUUUCUGCACGGGAGGAUGGGAGUUUCCGGUAACAUCCAGGAAGUCCUUUUACAAAGUUGGAAGUGAGCAAUGCAACGAGGCGACCAUGAACCCCGAAGACAACUACCCAGCAGACCUGGGCAUGGUGCCCACUGGCACUAAGUGUGGCAACAAUAUGGUAUGCUACAAUCAAAAGUGUCAUGACAUCAGAAAUUUAAGAGCAUAUGGAACCCAAGACUGCUCCGCCAAAUGCAGCAAUCACGGGGUUUGUAACCACCAGAGCAAGUGUCACUGCGAUCCAGGCUGGGCUCCACCCUACUGCGACGUGCUGGAGUCGGAAGUAUCGGAAGGAGGAGGGCUGGGACUUAUUGUGUCGCUGGUUGUGGGGUUGCUCAUAUUCUUCGUCCUCCUCAUCGGCGGCUUGGUGUGCUGCAGCAAGAAAAUGCAACCUGCUAAGAGAUGCCUCCGAUCUACCUCAGGGCAGACAAAUCCUUUAUUUCGAUCAGGCGCCGCUUCUGGCAGCAGUCAUCUUCGCUCCACGACCAUCAGCCAGCCAACAUUUGUGGAAUCGUCUGCCACUCAAGUGUGCAAACCAGUGUCCUCCUCCGUGGUCGGAAAAUCGAGUGCGACGUUCAAGCCCCACAGAACAGCUCCUGAGCCCCCUAGAAAGGGACCAACAGUACCUCAGCCUCAGGGGUUAAAGCCGCUCUUGCAACCACCAGCAGUUCCGAUCAAGCCGGUCUACUCUGAGGCUAAGCCACUACCUCCGUCCAGACCUUUACCACCGCUUACGUCAAAACCAGUCACAAAACCAAAACCCGUCACGCCUCCAGUGAAGCCGAAGCCUGCCGUUAUCCCGCCACAGCUGCCUCACGCUCACCUGGUACGUAUUGACACCGCAGCUGCGCUUCCCUAAAUCCUCAUCCUGCCAAACUCUCAUUUUUAAUGUAAGGAAUUUGGAUUUGUUAUUGUGGGUUUUUUGGCCAUCAUCCCAACGUAGCAGUUUCACGAACAUGCAGGACCUCUAAGUUGGGGGCCCUUGACAAGCUAAAUAAGCAUAACAUAGGCUGGCCGACUAGUUCCUAAAUGAUAUUGCCACCCGCCCUGUGAUGAUAUCACUGUAUAACUGCAUAGGUCGCAGAAUAUGUAUUACAUUAAACAGUAGCAUCACUCAUUUCUCUGAAUGUCUCAGCGGAUAAAUAAAUAAAUAAAUAACCAAACUUUCCUUUGGUGUGAAUGUGAGUGCGAAUAGCAGGAAUUGGCUCCAGCUCACUCACGACCCUCGUGAAGAUAUGACAUUUAAAAAAUGGUUGGAUGGAUAUUUGUGUGUAUUUAACUGUGGUUGGGAAACUAUUUAUAAGUAACAAGCACAUUCAGGAACGUAUUCAGGGAAUUAAGGUUUUGAAACAAAUUUUUAAAGUAGCUGAAUUUGCUGCUCUGUGAUUUUUUUUUUUUUUUCUGGGGGGGGGGUUCUUGCUAUGGUAGCAUGAAAAGCUGCUAAAUCACGCAGCAAAAAUGUUAAGUCCAUAAUUGUCUACAUGUUAUAAAUCCUAUUGAAAGAAGCUGAUGCGUCAUGUUUGCUGACGGAAUUUUUUUGCGUAGCUCGCAGGAGAGCUGCCCUGACUCCAGUGGGCCGACCAAGAUGACCGAGGGGGAAUCAUUCCGCUUCUGAAAUCCUCAGACACUCAUGCUCUUAUCUUACCUACAAAGAUUUUCAAAAAAAAAAAGAAAAAACCUCUCAGGAGAUGUUGGUGUGGAUUCAUGCGGGGACGAGAUCCAGCUGAAGGAUCAACAAGAAAAAUAAGCGUCAGUGCUUUUUUGUCUAUGCCAUGACGAUUACCGCCGUCUGCCUUGCUUCCUUUUAAGAGUUUGAUUGACAGCUCUAGCGGCUGCGCUACCGUGAUGAUGAUGAUGAUGAUGAUAUGUUUGAAGGGAAACGCCUCCUCCUCAAUCCUGAGAUAUGUGAACACUUUAUGAUUGCACUGCUGAUGCUGUAACUCUUCACAUCAUUUUGGUACUAAGAGAAGUUUAGGGAUUUUCAAAUGUGGCACCAAUCUGGGCACUUUAAAAAAAAUGGUUUAUGAUAAGGAGAGAACGCAGACAAUAUGAAUUUGCCUUGAAUCCUUUUGUGGGACUGUUUGAAUGUUUUUUGUCCUAGACGAUUGUCUUUCUCUCAUACCAACACGUUAUACAAACUUCUCAAGGGAUUUUUUUAAUUAUUAUUGUUGUGUAUUCUAUGCAGUGGUCAUUACCACAUUGUCCCUUGUGAAAGUAAUAACGAUGACUUCUUAAAAUGAGGACUCAAAUUUCUGAGUUACCUUUGUAUUUAUAAAGACCUUCAUCAUGUUUGCAUGCUUGUGUUUCAAUAAAAUUCCAGACAACUUGA